UUCUUAAUGUCAGAGACUGAAGAUAAUUUUCGUCAGCAGAAUCCGUGAGAUCACAGAGGUCACUACCGGGAUCGGUGGUUGGCAAAUCCAUGGCAGUUUUGUUUAACUGAAAAUUUCAGCAAAUAAGAAGAAAUUGAAGAUACGCUGGAAAAUAAUCGAUAUUAAAAAAUAGUGCCAAAGAGAAAUUGAAAAAUUAAAAAUGGGCAGAACUGCGACUAUUGCCGUUUGUACAUUAAAUCAGUGGGCCAUGGAUUUCGAGGGGAAUUCCCGAAGAAUUUUACAAAGUAUCCAAAGUGCCAAGGAAGCUGGAGCAACGUACAGAAGUGGACCAGAACUUGAGAUAUGUGGAUACAGUUGCGAGGACCAUUUUUAUGAAUCCGACACUUUGCUCCAUAGUUGGGAAGUGAUGGCGACUUUCUUAAAUUCUCCCAUCUGUACAGAUAUUUUGGUUGACGUUGGAAUGCCCGUUAUGCAUAAAAAUGUCACAUACAAUUGUCGUGUUGCAUUUUUAAAUAAACGAAUAUUAUUAAUUAGACCAAAAAUGCUUCUUUGCGAGGAUGGAAAUUAUCGAGAGACCCGAUGGUUUUCUCCUUGGACAAAGGAGAGAACAGUAGAGGAUUAUUUUUUACCUCGAAUGAUCUCGCAAAUUACUGGUCAAAGUGUGGUACCAUUUGGCGAUGCGGUAAUUUCCACCAGGGAUACGUGUGUGGGUUUUGAAAUUUGCGAGGAACUUUGGAAUCCUUCGAGUAAUCAUAUUCCAAUGUCGAUGGAUGGGGUUGAAAUUAUCGCAAAUGGAAGUGGAUCUUAUUUUGAGCUUCGCAAAGCCUAUGUUACAGUUGAUUUGGUAAAAUCGGCGACAUUUAAAUCAGGCGGUUGUUAUAUGUUUAGCAAUUUGAGAGGUUGCGAUGGGGGUCGAAUAUAUUUUAGUGGUGGUUCCAGUAUAACACUAAAUGGACAAAUUCUCAAUCGUGGAAAACAAUUUUCAUUGGAGGAAGUCGAAGUAAUUGUCGCGACCAUCGACUUGGAGGAUAUACGGAGUUACAGGAACAAUAUUCGCUCGAGAUCGCAUUGUGCCGCGAGAGCAAAUCCUUAUCCUCGUGUAAAAAUUGAUUUUGCUCUUACUUCCGAGAGUCUUCUUUCCGAUCCACCGGAUCAGCCAUUGGACACGAAUUAUUUACCCGAAGAGGAGGAGGAUCGUUUUGAUAAAGUUAAAUAUCAUACACCAGAGGAAGAAAUUUCUCUUGCACCCGCUUGUUGGUUGUGGGAUUAUCUUAGACGUUCCUGUCAGGGAGGAUUCUUUAUUCCAUUAAGUGGCGGUGUUGAUUCCUCAUCAACUGCAUGUUUGGUUUACUCAAUGUGUGAUUUAAUUGUGACUGCGGUUAAAAAAGGAGAUGCUCAAGUUCUGUCGGACAUCAGAAAAAUUGUUGGCGAUUUUGAAUACGUUCCACAGGACGCAAAGCAACUUUGCAACACUCUCCUUGUCACUUGUUACAUGGGAACGGAGAAUUCAUCCACAGAAACAAAAAUCAAAGCCUCUGAUCUCGCCAGUGAAAUUGGUUCCUAUCAUCAUUCGAUUGUCAUUGAUGUCGCAAUUUCUGCAAUUUUAGGUAUAUUUCAACAGGUCACUAAACUCACGCCACGUUUUAAGGUUCAAGGCGGAUCACCUAGGGAGAAUUUGGCUCUACAAAAUAUUCAGGCACGACUACGAAUGGUUAUUGCUUAUCUAUUUGCGCAAUUAAUGCUAUGGGUUCGUGGACGACCAGGAGGUCUUCUUGUUUUAGGAACAAGUAACGUGGACGAAGCAUUGAGAGGAUAUUUCACAAAAUACGAUUGUAGCAGCGCUGACAUUAAUCCUAUUGGAGGAAUCGCGAAAAAUGAUUUGAAGAAAUUUCUCCAAUUUUUUGGAAAGAAGCAUGGAAUUAAAAGUUUAACCGGAAUUCUUGAAGCUCAACCAACAGCGGAAUUGGAACCAUUACAAGAUGGUCAUUACGCUCAAUUAGAUGAGGUCGACAUGGGAAUGACUUAUGUUGAGUUGGGAAUUUUCGGUAGACUAAGAAAGCAAAAUUGUGCUGGACCAUUUUCCAUGUUUUGCAAAUUGGUUCACACUUGGGAUAAUUGCGCGCCAAAAGAGAUUGCAGACAAAGUGAAACAUUUCUAUCGAUGCUACGCAAUUAAUCGUCAUAAAAUGACGAUUUUGACACCAUCAUGUCACGCGGAAACUUACAGUCCCGACGAUAAUAGAUUCGAUCAUCGGCCUUUUCUUUAUAAUCACACUUGGAAAUGGCAAUUUAACGCCAUCGAUUAUCAGGUGCAACAAUUGAAUAGUGAUGAGAAAUCGCCGAGAAGACGUAAAAAUCCACCUCAAGUACCUCCAAAAACAAGACAGUUACCAAUGACCACUGUCAUUAGUAGUAUGAAAAAGCUGAGGAAAACGGAAGAGUGUUGUUCGUGAAGGAUUUAAAUAAAAAAGAGUCAGCGGAUCGGAGGAAAAAGUCAAGAGCAAAUUACAAGCUACGUCAACAAAAAAGAUUAAAUCAGACAAAUAAUGCAGAAACUUCGUCAAACUUUGAUCAAGAAAAUUUAAUAAAUCUUGAUUCUAUGUGUUCGAAUCAAAAUAACAAAACAAGUUUAGAGUCAAUUAAAAAUUUUGAAGAAUUUACAACUAAAGAAAGUAAACAAAAAAAGGUGGGCAGAAAAAAAGUUGUACGUGGUAGAAGUAAAACAGUCAGAGAUUUAGAGAAAGCGAAAAUAGAAAUUAAAAGUUUAAAUAAAGAAAAUCAGAAAUAUAACCCAGCAAACACGUUAUAUAAGUAUUCUAUAACAGUGAGGUUACAGUGUUAUAGAACAUUUGUUCCUAACUAGUUAUAGAUCUGUGAUAGAACCUGAUUGUAACAGAGUUCUAGAACAUAGUUACAAGUUAGUUACAGAAUAGUUCUGUAUUAUGCUUAUGUCACAGUUCUAUCACAAUGUGAUGUAAGAGUUACAUAACUUUAAUGUCGCAAAUUUUCUGUAACUGUUGUUCCAACCUUGUUCUAUAACUGUGUAUGAACAUUGUUGUGUAAUUGGUCUAAACAUCUGUUGCAAUGCAGUUCUGUAAUAUACAGUUUAACAUUGUCCGAACAAUGUUAAACUCUUCUAACAAAUUUGGUGUAGUUCAUAUUAUUUUUAAUAUAAUAUAAUAUAAUUCGUAAUAAUUUAUAAAAAAUACCUAUAUGGGUGAUUCUUCAUUAAGUGGUCACUUUUGCUUCCCCUCCGUUUCCUAUU